GAGAAGUGACUCCAUCAGUUUACAUCUCUUUCUUUUUGCCCAAGACUAAAUCUCUGUUUGCUCCCGCAAUUUCCGUUCUGUUAUUUUCUCCGAUUCCGUAUGGGUGGAAUAUAGAAUCAAAGAGGCAACAGAAGUUUCUUUUUCUUGAGCUGAUUGGUUAUGGAAUGAGCUCUGUUACUGUUUUCUGAAACGAAAGUUAUGGAGAACAAAUCAUACCAGAAUCCGGCUGAGCUGCUGGUAAAGGAAUAUUUACUAGCAGAUUCCUUCAUCUCAUACACAUCAAUUAUUUGUGGCAUUUGUGGAUGCAAGAUGGUCUAUGAUCUUACUAAAUUAUUUAGCAGGGUUUACUUUAAGAGCUAUCCUAGCUUAUCAAAAGUCCAACGCACUGAGUGGAGCAACCGGUCCAUAUCAACCUUCCAUGCUAUUUUCAUUACAGCUAUGUCCUUAUACUUUGUGUUUUGGUCAAAUCUCUAUUCUGACAACCAAUAUGCUAGUCUGGUUACUUUCCGCAGUUCUGCACUGUCUACAUUCAGUUUGGGGGUAUCGGUUGGUUACUUUCUUGCGGACCUGGGGAUGAUCAUUUGGUUUUACCCUUCUCUAGGUGGAAUGGAAUAUGUCCUUCAUCAUCUUCUGUCACUAACAGCUGUAGCAUAUUCUAUGUUGACUGGGGAGGGGCAACUUUACACUUUCAUGGUACUCAUCUCUGAGACUACAACUCCUGGGAUCAACUUGAGAUGGUAUCUUGACACAGUUGGAAUGAAGAGAACCAGAGCUUACUUGAUCAAUGGAGUUGUAAUAUUUGUUGCAUGGCUGGUUGCUAGAAUACUCCUGUUUAUGUAUCUCUUUUACCACGUCUACUUGCAUUAUGAUCAGGUGAAGCAGAUUCACGGGUAUGGACUAGUGUUAGUUUUUGUGGUUCCGUCAGUCCUAUCAGUUAUGAACUUGAUUUGGUUCGCAAAGAUUAUUAGGGGAUUAAGGAAGACAAUAGCAAAGAGGCACUGAGCAAAGAUUGUAAUGUAUACAAAGGGUAGGGUACAGUUGGAAACUUCAGUU